AAAGGGCAAGUUGAACCAGCAGAAUACGGAGUUUAUUAUAAUGAUGGAUACGUUUUUGAUGAUCUUUUGUUUAAUGGUGGAGGUUUCUGCCACAGCUAUACCUCAAACAGAUGUGCCUACAACAGCUAUACCCCCAACAGCUGUAACCCUAGCUGCUGAACCUCCCGCUCGGAUUCCAGAGUCAGAGGAUGCUAGGGUCGAAGUCAGACCUCCAUCAACUAAGGUCGAAGUUGGACCACCAUCAACUAAGGUCGAAGUUGGACCACCUUCGACAGAUGACGAUGAGUUAACUCUCUCACCAGAUACCCCCGAGAUUACUGACAGCAUGGAAAAAGAAUUUCGCGACAAGUUUGGCCCAGGUAGUAUAGGAGAGGGGGGAGUUUAUGGUCCAGACUGGUCAAAAGUUGAAGGGAUGACAUACGAUGACAGAUUAGGAGUGUACAGGGACGCCGAAGGGAAUUGUUAUGUUGGAGACAUGGUGAUUUUAGAAGAUAUGUGUGAAAAAAUGUAUGGAAGUUCAGAAGAAAAAAGUUCAGAAGAAAAAUCUGAUAAAUAAAUGGGACAAUAAAUUGUAAUGUAUGUUCCAAUUUGUGUUGUGCAUCGCAACCCUAAAGUUACAUUGUAUUAAAUAUGCUCGUUUUGAAACAAUGGAAAGGGUUUAGAAUAUACUAGUAUAGCAUAUACACAUAUACAACCAGGUUAAAGUCCCCUUAACGGAGCACCACCUCAUUGUAGGGAAAAAGUAAUUCCCUGGUGGCCAUUUAGAAUUUUCAAAAUGGAGAAUAAACCUCUGAAGCUAAAUAC